AUGAAUGCAACUCCCUUCGACCAUCUCACGUUCGACAACACCAACCCACCACACCUCUACCAAAGUCCAGAUGCCAACAACCUCGGUGCUAACUUGACUAUCUUUACAAAGAACAACACAGAGGUUGAUCUGAUUUUCUUCGUUGCAGGUGGUAACCAACCUCCUCACCCUAUUCAUAAGCAUUCGAAUCGUGACUUCAUCAUUGGCAGCGGCGGAGGAUCGUCCAAUUGGACCUCGAUCGUAGAGGCAACCGCAGUCAUUCCUCAGAAUUUAAAUCUUAUGUCUCCGCCGUACCGAGACAACUUUGACACGCCAUCUUCUGCGCUGCGGCCCAUGUGGCUGGCGGUUCGAUACCAUGUUGUCAAUCCAGGAGCAUUCAUGUUGCACUGUCAUAUUCAAAGUCAUUUGAGUGGGGCGUGGCGGUGGUGA